AGCAACGAUUUCCCUCCACUCUCUGCCAUCGUUUCAAGCGAACGAGACAUUGCUAUCCAACAUCAUAGCCAUGUUUCCUCCAAAGUAUAUUCCAUCUUCUCUUCUGCCCUUGUUUGUGUGUUUUCGGUGCGUCUCGUCGGAAAGUCCCUAAACAUUUUCCAAUUUCUCUUCCUUUUCGUUUGUCCUAGUUUCGAAUGUUCAUUGGUAGGUUGGGGUAUCGUCGGGAGGCGUACUACCUAGGUAUGCAACUUGGUCAGCUAGAAACUCUGGGACUCGGUUGGGGGAGAGGGGGGGUGGAAGAGAAUAGCUGAAGAGGUGUUUGCACGUAAAAUCACUCGGCGACCCAUUCCGCACUCCUGAUCUCUCACAUUCUGACAUCAGCGCUUAGGAGAAUAUGUGUUAUUUAUCUGCCUCAUCCAAAGAUGCUGGUGAUGCGGGAGAUGGCAGAGCUUUGGCGUCGCAUCUUCCCCGUCUCGAAGAAAACCAGUGGAGGUUCAGGUCAACGGCUGAUAAUUUCAUCGUUCCAGGUCUUCUGACUGCGUAGCUCUGCCGUGGCUCUGCAAUGAGAUCUAUCUAUCAAUGAUCUCCGCUGUAGAUCGCCGUGCUGAUUUGGGGUAAGUUGAUAGAUUUUCGAUGAGAGAUACAUUAUCAGUUUUCCGCACGACGCGUGGAUGACCUUGGAGACUGAGAGCCUUUCCCUAUCAAGGCUGCUGCAGCUACUUUAAUUUACCGGAAGGCGGAAUACCACUAACCAGUCUUUCAGGGGGGUUGGCUGACGCCGGCAGCAAAGCCUUUGUAGCGUAUGCCCUCAGGGCAAACACCGUCUCUCAUUUUGAAGAUUCCUAAAGAAAUCCUACAGUCGUUGUUGGUACGACGGCUAUUGUAUGCACACCAACUCUCUUUAGCAGAUUCAAACCAGGCAGUUUCGACAAAUCCCCUCAAGAGGUUCUUCGCUUGAGCCAAGGAUGGCUUCGCAAGUACUCUGAUGCUGCCGCCAACGGCAACGGCAACGUGCAUUUUAUUAUAUUCAAUAUUCGAAUCGUAUGGGCGAGUAUGUUUGCUUGCCCGAAGACCUUUCUGUAUUCGGUGCAGUACGACACGAACAUGCUUCUCCAACCAGCCGAUUCCGCUUGGUAUCGCAUCGAAACAAACAGUCCUGGUUUUAUAUAAUGCUCUCUUGGUGCCCCUCGUUAUGGAUGUCAUACAAGUCUCCCAAGGCAAUCCAGAUUUUAACAAUAUGACUUCUGCAAGUGUUCGCCACCGCAUCCCUUGUCAACAAAGGGGCUGCAACAAAACGUUUACCGCCCAACAAAACAUGCUCCGUCAUGACCGGGAGAUUCAUGGAGGAAUCAAAAGAGGGGAGAACCGGAAGUGUGAGUUCGGGAGUCGAAUAUCCUCGUCCCAGCGCUGUUGACUAACUUCUCAUAGUCCCCCUCUUUCUAAGAAAUCCGGAGGUUCGACGCGAUCCAGCUUCGGUUUCCUAUCGCACAUCUUCGCUCGGUAAGUAGCAACCUUCUGAUUCCCUGCUAGGGCCAGAACUAACACUUUUGUGCUCUUUUCAGCGCCUGAGACAGCCUUCUACGGCAAGGACCAGCUACUUAUCGAAGAGGUUCAAGGAAACAACUGCUUGACCAACUUCCGCGGUCUCAAUUUCACAUCCGACAGACCUCAAUCCCUCGUCCGUGAGCGGCAAUGUUUGUUUGAGGCUCUGAGUACAUAUCCUUCCCCAUAUUGGACCCCAACGCAGUGCCAUUAUUGCGGAAGGAUCAUUGUGGGAUACUGUUGGCACAUGUAGGAGAAGAAGUUGCGGUUGACGUAAUGAUGAUCAGGUAGCUCAGUUGGAGAUGGGAACUGAGAAUUUGAAGAUUGCGGAAACAUUUCGCCAUGCUCUGUGCUGCAUAUUCGUACUUCUACUUGCUUCAAGGCAAAUGUUUGAACAGGGGAAGGGUGUGACUCUUUUCUUUGGCCUAUGAUGAGCACAUCUUCUGAUACCUACACCAAUGAUAGUUUCGAUCAAUUUCCUUACCAUGCCUCUCCCAAGCCCCCUUCUGUAGGUCGGUACCCUGCGGCCCGAGUAUUUGGGUGGUGUGGGUGGCUCUUCCAGCAACUCAACGCAGUAUCACGCACAUGACAGGGAACUACCGGGACGGGAAGCUUAGAGAUAAGAUCCUGAUAUGGGGAUACAAUACAUGUGUUUAAUUAGAUCAAGAGAAUGAUCCAGAGAGUAUUUAGUUUUCACCUCGCAGCCCGGGAUUGAUUUUUUAGUCCCACUUAAUGCUUUUCGAAGUUGAAGGAAGACAAGUUCUUCCACAUAUAGCUGAAUGUACCGUGACAAGUUCUUGCAAGCCUCGAAGAGUUGUGCCUGAUGUAUGGAAAGUUCGUGAUAGUGACAUACAUUUUACAGAGGAUAUCGACGCACGUGGCGUAAAGAAACGAUUACGACUCCUCCCUAUGGCGGUGUAAAGACGGAAACGCCGCAGUGUUCGCCUUGUUUAAAUACCACCUUCUUCUUUCAGGAAUUGUGACGAGGUAGACAACCAAAAAAAACUCGAGAGGAGCUGACCCGACAAGUUUUGGAGGUUAGGGGGUAGAAAAUGAUCACUUCAACACAACAAGCACGAUAAAGGAAGGCCAGCAAGGGGCCAUCUACCGCAAAGGAAUAUAUAAAGGAAAAACAAUCAGAUAGACUGUUCAAAACUCGCCAUUUUUUCUUAUUCAUCGAAACCAUCUUUCUUUCUUGGGUUCCCUCGUUCUUUUCCGUGUGCCAUACUUGCAGUAAGUAAGCUAGAAAACUCAACGCAAAUCCAUCCAUACAGCCCAUGCAAAUAUUCUGCAUGGCCGUAUACGCAACCCAUGGUCUUCACCGAAGGCCAUUCUUGGAAUAAUCCACGGGUUCUCAAUAUCUACUCUUUUUGCUACUUGAGAUGUUUCACAGACACGUGACAGACUACAGUACAGUAGGUCCAGCUUAAGCGAGGCUUGGCGUCAUUUCUCUGCCUAGAAGGAGACGGGGGUCAGUCAUGGCAGACUACCAUGGACCAUGCAACAUCAAGAUAAAUGCGCAAGUAUUUUAUUGUGAUAACGGUUGUCAGUCAGUCUUAUUUUUUGCCAGGGCGCCACUAACAGCAUGUAUCCACUUUUCUUUCCCGGAUCUUCAUCCGUUUCUGCACACGCUGUAAAGGGUAAUGAUUACACUCGUACAUAUUGUCUAUUUGAAUCACGUUGUACAGAUGAACAUAGAAAUAAUGGUCUAGAAUAAACUACAUACCAUUCUCUUCCGAGUCUUUCCAAGUCUUUUUAGUCGAUGUCAUUUUUAAUUUUGUCUUUUACUUCUUUUGGCUAUCUCCCUAUAGGCUCACAAUUAUUCUACGUUCUUAGGGUUUUAAUAGAGUCAAUAAAGCAGAGGUUGUUGUUUCCGCAUUUGGAAUAUUAAGCUACUAAAACGUCUUGACAGCAGGUUUUGCAAUUACUAGGUGUAGUUAUUGGGGAACGCUCUUUGGACAUGAGAGGAAGAAAACUAAUCAAAGGUAAGAAAUUCCAGUUGCCUUUGUAGAGGAGAGCAGCUUUCGAGAAUUCUAUGGCUUUCCCUAUCUAGUUGCCAGCUGACGAUUUUAAUUCAACAACUUAAAUAAAGACGUCUUAGGAGACUUAACUUCGCAUUUUUAACCUUCUAGUGAGUGAGUACCCAUCUGAAUGCGGAUGGGGCCAGAUACUAACGUUUUCUUUUCCAAUUAAAACGGAAAACGGGCCCACUCAUACCCAGUGAGCUCCAUUAUUGUAACGACCUCUGAUACUCCGAAGCACAAUGAUACUUGCGUUACCACCGUUUGACUAACUGGUUCCACAAGGCGAGGAUAAUCGGGCAGAAUUUUGAAGACAUAAACUAUUUCUCGCCCGUCGUCCAAGUAGCUUAUAAUUUGGUACGGACCCCUUUCAAAAAUAGCACGAUGUUUCGCUACCCUAGAACCUGUUAAAAAAUCAAUUGACAUACAAAAUACCUUGCCAAAUACCCUGCAAUACACUAGUAGAUAACCCUUGUUUAUUGUUACCUUUGAGAAGAGGAUGUAGGGACGGACGUCUCAGAACCUAGAAAUUUCCCGCGCUGAUCCGACUGACGAACCCUGUUGUCUUGUUGGCAUCCUGCACUCGCCCACCCACCAUUACCUCACAAGGAAAUCAUCGUGAACAUCGUAAUCAUUCAAUAACGAUUGUUGAUAGAAUUCAUAAGUCUACUGCCGUAUCCAAUCGUUCUAAAUAUUAAAGGGAGAGCCUGUUUCAGUAUAUCCUGCGGAAUUUCUUUUUGUACACACAUGUCAAUAAAUCAAGUAGCCACUAGUUACUUGUCAUGAGAAAACUCAGGGGAUAUCUUCUAAGAUACGAGUAGCCGUCCCGUUCCUUGCCUAGGCUAUUUGGCUGUCUGCUAUGCCUCUUGUAGCUCAAGGGCCAACAUUGACGAGAUGCGCGGCGGCUUCGCCUAUUCUCCAUUUUAUAAGAUACCAAUAGUGACUCAUACACGUUGACUGCACUGCCGAUGAAGGGAACAGAUCCUAGGUCAAAAGGCGGAAGUAGCAUCAGAUGAUCUCUGGCAAGCAGCUUCACAAACGGUGAAUGCAAUGGUGAAAUUCCCAGGUUCUCAAGAACCAAAUGAAACGGUAAACCAACACCUAUGAGAUAGAUAAAUGAUUUGCUGGUUAGUCUAGGGAUUUGCUCUGGCAAACAACACAACAAAAUCUGCCUUCGAAAACUUAUCUGGCGAUCCUCAAAGGGCGCGCCGCUUUGGGAGUGCUAUGAAGGCAUAUAUUGAGGAGACAGGAUUCGAUAUCCAGUUUGUAGCGGACAACUACCCGUGGAAAGAAUUUGGAAAUGCAACUGUGGUUGAUGUAAGUUCAAAUCUCUGUUAGAAAGAAGGACACGAUAUGAGAGAGCUUGCUAAUACGGAUCAGGUUGGCGGAUCCCACGGUUUCGCUUGUACUCAUCUCUCAAACCUCUUUCCAUCUCUGAAAUUUGUUGUGCAAGAUCUCCCACCAGUUGUAGAAGCAGGAGCAAAAACUAUUCCUAAGGAUCUCUCCGAAAGAAUCCAAUUCAUGGCCCACGACUUUUUCGAAGAACAACCAGUCCAUAGCGCCGAUAUAUACUUCUUCCGCUGGAUAUUCCACAACUGGUCCGAUAAAAACUGUAUCAAGAUCCUACAAGCGCUUAUACCAGCUUUGAAGAAAGGAGCCAAGAUCCUAAUCAACGACAACGUCCUCCCAGAACCUGGUGUGCUGCCGAUGUGGCGGGAGGAGAAAGUAAGAGCAAUGGAUUUGACGAUGUUAGAGCUUCAGAAUGCGAGAGAAAGAGAAUUGGAAGACUGGGCAAAGUUGUUUGAGGAUGCAGAUCCAAGAUUCAAGUUUUUGGGUGGCAAACAACCUAGGGGAGCGUCUUUGUGGAUUUUAGAAGCUGUUUGGGAAGGAUGA